AGUACGGGGACUUCCUCCUGUAAUUUUUGAUGUGGCUAACGGGCUAACUGCUAGUGUGAGACGCCGGCUAGUUUCCCAGCCUGUGAAUGCCAAAAACAGAGAACGACGAGGUUUUGCGGAUUGUUGCCGACACAUGCCAGGAUACAGACACUUCUGAACUCAAAAUAAUUUAAUGUAAAGGUCCAGUGAUCAGGUGUGCUUCACAUCAACAAGGCCCUGUCCAACGUGAUCAUGCAGAGAGGAAAGCAAAGGCUGCAAAACAUCCUUGAGGAUGGCUUAGGGAAAGACUUGAUGAACGCUAGGCGAUUUUGUUUCAGCUGUGAGCAGAUAUUUGCAGACAGGAGAUGCUUGGAGGAACAUGUCUGUCCAGCUGCGAGUCACAUUUGCUCCUGUGGAACUGAGUUCACUGAAUACAAAGACAUGCUGGAGCACAGCACUACGCAUGAACCAGGACACCAAGUGCUUGAUCAUGAAACAAUAAAAAAGCGCAGGAUUGAGAAGCGCAUUGCAGAGGAAGCACAGCUGAAAAGAUUAGAGACGGGUGAGGUUGUUUGGAAGGCACCUCACAUGGGAAGUGUGCCAUCACUCUCUCUGCCAGUGAAGCCAGUACUACAGGCACCCAUUACUACAGCUCUUAUGCCACAACUUCCAAUGCAGUCUGGGCUGAUUUCACAAGUGCCUGAGUUGUACCCUUCUAUGUCACAAGCGUCUUUGCUUCAGAAUCCCAUGUCCUCCACAACAACAGACAUGAAGAAUAUUUUUGCUGGUGUAGGUGCACCUACAGUGGAUCUUUGGACAAUUUACCAGCCAGUGGUGUUGCUGCAAACAGUGCGCCAAUUUAACAAGAAAAAGCCAUACUCCUGCAGUAAAUGUGGGCAGUGUUUUGCAACAAAGACAUCUCUUAUAGCCCAUCACAGCUGUCAUGUUGUAGAUAAAGUUUCUGGCUGUAUAGGAUGUGGGCUGCUGCUCUCUAGCAAGAAGAUAGUGCCUCGCUUCCAUAUUUGUAACGCACCCAGCAAUACCACCAAAUUCAAACUCAUUACUGCAAAACCGCCAGGUUUCAAGAUCCUAAAUAAAACAGGACCAGUCAGGAGUCAGAAUCUGAGUGCUCAGGUGCCAGAACUCGCUUCAUUCUUGAAAAGCCAGAAUCCCAGGGUAGGAAACAAUGGCAGCCAGGCAGCCUUUGGCUCUUCAACGCUGCAGUUGAAAAAUAUGAAUAUCAAAACAUACAAUCGUAGCAACCAGAUGUCUCCAUCCCUGCUGUUGAAGACGCAGAAUCCAAAUCCACAGAAGCCUUUCAUGCCCUUUCCAUCUAAGAGCUAUAAUCAAAACCCCGGUGCACCUGUCAGAGCUGGUCGAGGAAGACCUCCGACCCUCACAGGACAGAUGAAGAAGCCCAAGACAGUUGCAGCAAUUCUAGCAAGCAAAACCCAGUCGUCCUCCAGACCAACUGCAUUCACAUGUCGAAUCUGUCUCAUUCCCUUUGAAACUGCUCAGAUGCUUCAGAGGCAUAAGUGCAUCAAAGCGCAGGAGUUCAUAGCAAUGCGAGGUCCCAAAACCCAGUACAAAGUUAAGAGGGUGACACCAGUGGCAGGCCAGCAACUUGCUCAGAUGAAUGGUGCGAGAAAGCUUGGGGUUCCAGCAUCUGGCAAUGUAAAGACGCACCAAGUGGUGACGAUUGAUCUGGAGAAAGAGCAAGGGAUUCCUCCUUUGAAUGGAGAAUCAGACGUUGAAACAGACGAUGACUGCUAUAUUGUCGAAAAGGGACCAGACAAACCUGCCGAGGUCAUUUACCAAGUGACCUCUUCUGUUCCUAUUAAGACCUGAAAAUCCAACGAGGCACAUCCACAACGCAUGUCACAUUUUAUUUUUAACAGGACCAACUGUAUAAAGAAAGGCAGUCUUCUCAUCGAAGCAUCUCACAGAGCAGAUUCAUAGCACAUGGAAACAACGCUUCCUGGUCUUCUCCAAACUACGCUACAUUUAAUGACAAAGUGACAAAAAACAUGCAUCUUUAUUCAACAAGAUUACUUUUUUGUCAGUAAACGUUCAAAUAUUACCUUCCUAAGAGUCAAAUGAUGGUUGUACAGCAUUGAACUUUAGAAGAUUUAACAGCUGAUUUUUAUUAUCAUAAUGUAUGUUCAUGGUUUACCCAUUAUUGCUGGGAUAACCAGAUGCAGCAAAAGAGUAGUUCUGUGGGUUGUUUUUUUUUUUUUUUUUAUGUUUUUAGUAUGAUCUGAAUGUUGUGAGGCUGUUGGGUUUUACCACAAUACCUUGUGUUCUUACCAGCUUUGUUAGACUUAUA